UUCUUUAAUCAGAAGUUGAAAUAAAAAGACGUGAUAAACAGCGCUAUAAAUCGCGAAGAAAACACAAAUAAUUUGCAAAAAUAAUUAAAACUUAAAAAAGCAUAAAAAAUGGCCCGUACUAAGCAGACAGCUCGUAAAUCUACUGGUGGUAAAGCCCCCCGUAAACAAUUGGCUACCAAAGCUGCACGUAAAUCAGCACCAUCCACCGGUGGUGUCAAGAAGCCCCAUCGUUACCGUCCCGGUACCGUUGCUCUUCGUGAAAUCCGUCGUUACCAGAAAUCCACAGAGUUGCUUAUCCGCAAAUUGCCCUUCCAACGUUUAGUGCGUGAAAUCGCCCAAGAUUUCAAAACCGAUUUGCGUUUCCAAUCGGCCGCCAUUGGUGCUUUGCAGGAAGCCUCUGAAGCCUACUUGGUAGGAUUAUUUGAAGACACCAACUUGUGCGCUAUCCACGCCAAGCGUGUCACUAUUAUGCCUAAAGAUAUUCAGUUGGCCCGUCGUAUUCGUGGUGAACGUGCUUAAGCGCUUAUUGUUUUUGCAUAUUUAUACAUACAAUUAUUAUAUUCUUUAAACAACAAGCAAAAACAAAAAACAAAUUUUAAUAUCAACUAUAAUUCAUACAUUUUCGUUCUCUAAUUACUUACAAAACUGAAUAUAAAACAAAAUUAUAAAUCAAAUUUUUACAAAACCAUAAAAAACAAAAAUAAUAAUUUUAUUGAUAAAUAAUAGAAAAAAAAACAAUAUAAAAAUACAAUACAUAUAAUUUGUAAUCAUACAAUAGUAAUUAUAUUAAAACAAAAAAAAAAAAAACAUAAAUAUAAGUCUAAGAAUCACUCGCGUUGGAGGAAACACCUAAACUUGAAAGUCAAUGUUAAAGUCAUUAACAUGAUAUAAGAAAAGAAACUGCUAACACAUUUUUCAAAAUCUGUAAAUUCUUUAUUAGAUUAUUAAGAAAUUUAUAUAAAAUCAAAAAAUAAAAAACAUGCUCUAUAAUUUAAAUUAAAUUAAUCAGAGCUUAUAAACACAAACAACAACAACAAAAAUAUAUAUGAAAAUAAAAGACAUUUUCGUUUAAAAAUAAAAAUGAUUGAAAGAACUGUUUUAUUUUAAAUUGUUGAGGAUAUUUUUAUUUAUUAUUUAAAAAAUUUCUUAGAAAUUUGCUAAAGAAUUUAUGGCAAUGAGUGUUUUUGGCAGUUUUGUUAAUGGCCUUAACUUGCUUUUAUUUAAUAUUAAGAAAAAUGUAAACAAAAACAUUUAUAAUUACAUUAGUAAUGUAGUUUAAAAGAAAAAAUAUUUAAUUAUUUUUGUCUUUAGCAAAGAGCUUAAACACAUGUGUAUUAAAGGGCUUUAACUAAAAAGUUUAAGUUUUAGCUUAGUGGCCAAAAAUCUUUUACAUUUAAAUGUUUAAAUUACAAAAUUAUGGAAACUUGGAAGUUGUAAUAUUUUUUUUUAAAUUAUUGGUUAAAUAUAAAAACAGUUGAAAAAAGUCAACUUUAAGCUAAGUUUUUGCAAAAAAAUUUAGUUUAAACUGGACUUUUUAUACAAUUGUUUUAACAUAACUUGUAGUUGCUGAUUUUAUAGAAUUUCAAAGAAAUAUUUUAUUAUACACAAAAAAAAAUAAUAAAAUAUUUGAAAACUUCUGUUUUUGAAUAUAAUUUUGUAAUAUAUUCUUUUAGAUGUGUGAAGUUUUGUAAGCUAAGUCUUAAAAUUUUCGUUUGGUUCUUAAAAUUUAACAUGAUCAACCGUAUUAUAAUAUAAUAGGGGUGAUUGUUUAAAGCUUUUUGCAAUUUUAAUCAAUUUUCUUAAUUUACCUUUUUUAUUAUUACAUAUAUUGCUUUUAUAACAUAUUUAAUCACUUAUGGGUUUUUUUUAUUAUAAUCUUUUUUAAAUAAUCUUAUUUUUUUAUAUAUUAACAAAUUGUUAUUUAAAGUUAGGCGGAAGUUUUUAACUUAAUUAGAGAUUUUCUUAGAGGUUUAUUAAUAGUAUUUUCAAUAAUUUUAUUUUAAAUUGAUUGAAUGUUUUAUAAAACUUGAACAUAGACUUUGUUUUACAAACAUUCUAUUUAUUUAACACGAACUAAAAUAAUUUCUUAUUUAUUCGUUUUCUUAGAGAAAUGCUGAAUAUUUAAGAAAUUUAAUAACUUCCUGCUAAAUAAAUAGUGCGUUAAACAAGUCAUACAAAGUUAUAAAACAAAAAAAAAAAAACAGAAUUGGAAAUUUUAAGAAAUUUAAAAUUGCAUUAACCGCUACAUUUAUGAAAUCUCUUUUUAAAGUAAAUACAUCUAAUAACAAUUUUAUAAAAUUAACAAAAUCUAGCAGGUUUUAAAUUACAAAAGAAAUCUAAUACUUGUUUUGUUUUACAUUUUGUUAAAUUUAUAAAAAUUCUUUAAAUAACGUAUACAUAAUUAUCACAAUUAUUAUUAAACACUUAACAAAUAUUGGAAAUGGUAGUUUAUUAGAACCUAAUUCUCACAAUUAUAGCUCAAUUUAUACACCACAAUUCCCCCCGAAGGUGGAAUGAAUAAUAAGUUCAUGAUUUUUUUUCUUUUAAUUUAUUUGUUUCUUAUUUUAAUUACUUUUUUUAAAAACAUAUAACCCUUUAUAUAUAUAACAUUAUUAUUACAAAAAAAAAUUAUAAUUAUCUCUUAUAAAUACAAUUAAUUAAACAAAAUAUGUAGUUUGUAAGUAAUAGUUUAAGUGCAUCAAACAUUAACUUCAUUACAGAUUUUUCUAACAUGUAAACUUUAGUUUUAUAAAUUUAUUUAAAAACAUCUGGGCUAAAUGAAAACGUUUUACCAUCUGGUUUUCGCCGCCUAAAAGCAAGAAACUUUUAGUGUUGUUUAGCCAAAUACCAUCUAAAGGAUGUUUUAUUUAAAUUAUAAAACUAUUAUUAAUCAUAAGAAUUAUAUAUAUAUAAAUGUCUCUACCUUGCUGCAGUUACAGAGCCUGCUCGCAAGUAAUAUAAAAACAACAACUUUUUUCAAUUAUUAUUAUUAAUAUUUAACAAUUUUUUUAUUAUUAUUAAUCUAUAUUUUUAAACAAUUUUUUUUAAUUACUCUUCUUUAUUAAACUUACUUUUUUUUAAUAUAUAUAACCAAAUAUAUAAACAUUAAAAUAAUCAUCAUAUUAUACCUUAAUUAUUAGCUUUUCUUUAUUAUAUUAUUAUUUUUGUAUUUAACCAAUUCUUUCUAAAAUAUUUGUAUACUAAUCUUUAGUAUAUGAAUAUGUUUUUUCGAGUUGGAUUUUUUUAUAUCAAUUAAUUUUUUUUCAUAUCUUUUUGUGAAUUAUUUUAUCUCAAUUAUAUUAAUAAUAUACAAAUAACAAUAGUUUUAACACAGUCACAAUGGAAAACAUAAGAACAUGUUGUUUUUUGACCGCACUUCUUGGUCCUAUAUUCGACAAAGAAAAUGAAAAAUAAACAUCAAAAACAUAUAGCAUAGGCUUUCACGUAAAGCCAAAAAAAAAACAACCAAAA